UGGGUGCUUUGCAGACCUUUCAGGCCCCGGGAGCUGAGUCGUGUAACUGUGCUCCUGACGCACAGCUUCAGGAGUUGUGCUCAGGGUCCUGGCUGGUGGGCGGGUCCUGAGGCCGGUCUGCUUCUGGGAGUUAGAAAUUCCUGCAAAGGGCUGCCGGCUCGCUGUCUGGCGGGAUUUUAGUAGUUUUUAUUGCAGCGGAUACCCUGUUCUAGAUACUGGGAGAGGACAGAUGAAUAGAAAACGGGUCCUGCUUGCAGAAGCCAACUGUCCAGAUAGAUUCCACAUCCUCACAAUAAGCAGAAAAUUAUCAAAAUAAUAAUAAAAAAAAAGAUUGAAAUGCAGUUCAUAUGUGUUAAUGAGCCGCAAAUUUUAGGUGGAAGAAAUGCCGUAUGAAAGUGACUGAUGGUAAUGGGGGCAGCGGCUGUGUCCUUGGCCAGGGCUGGCCACACAGGUGUUUGCCUGUCCCUGUCCACAUUUGUGGGGUAAAUGAUUGAGUUGACAGGAAGUAGACUUGGGAGGUGAAUUUCCGAGAAAAGGAUGAAGGUGGAGAGGGAAGGAGGGUGUCUUGGGAACAGAGACAGAGCACUGAGCUGAUGGAGGAGUCCCAGGAUUGCCGGUGACAAAGGGGCAUGAAGCCUUGCAGAGGAAGAGGGUGCUCCUCCUGAUGAGAAAGGUCAAACUGAGGGCCCAGUGAUAGAGGCUUGGCAGAGGUCAUUCAUCUGGGGUUUUUCUUAGAGACGGAGCUGAACCCCCAGGCUUGCAAACCUCCAGCAUGCAGGCCUCCAGCUCCAGGUCUGUGCACCUGAGUGAAUGGCAGAAGAAUUACUUUGCAACUACGUCUGGCACAUGUACCCCAGGACAGAAGGCAGAUGCGUACCGAGCACAGAUACUACGCAUUCAGUAUGCAUGGGCAAACGCUGAGCUCUCCCAAGGCUGCGCCACCAAACUGUUCAGAAAAUAUGCAGAGAAAUACUCUGCAGUUAUUGAUUCUGACAGUGUUGAGACUGGCUUGAAUAACUACGCAGAAAGCAUUUCAACUUUAGCAAGAUCUCAGCAGACUGACAGUGACAAGUGGCAGUCUGGAUUGUCAAUAAAUAAUGUUUUCAAAAUGAGUAAUGUACAGGAGAUGAUGCAAGCUGGCAAAAAGUCCAGAGACUCUCUGUUGGCACCUGCCAGUGCAUCGGUAGUAAUCCAUAAAGAGGCUCUUGUCCUCGAUCCUCCUAAACUUAGUGUUUGUGGGGGUUCUGGGGAGAGUGGCCCAUUAACUAACGCAACUCCUGAUACGAACAGGACCCAAGACAUCCCAGAGAGCAGUCCUUCGAAGUGUCCUCAGGAUGCUCAGCCACCUGUGCUGACUAACACCAGAAAGACCUGUCCUUCAUCCUUAACACCGUUUGGUGACUUUGCCACUGCAAAAAUCCAUGCCACACCAUUAUUUGGAAAUGUCAAGAAGGAAAAUAACAGCUCUCCAAAGGCCAAUGUAGGACUAAAUAUGUUCUCAUCUAAUCAGUCUUGUUUGCCUUCUGCCUUUGAAAAUCCACGGGAGAGAAAAACUUUUUAUGGUUCUGGCACCACUGAUGCCCUUUCUGCCCCAAUAGUGAAUAAGGCUUUUAGUAAAACAGAGGAUAAUGGCCAAAGGGAAGAGAGUAGCCUGCCUACUUUUAAAACUGCAAAAGAACAGUUAUGGAUAGAUCAGCAAAAAAAGUACCACCAACCCCAGCGUGCAUCCGGGUCUUCCUACGGUGGUGUAAAGAAGUCUCUGGGAGCUAGUAGGUCCCGAGGAAUAUUUGGGAAGUUCGUUCCUCCUGUACCUAAGCCAGAUGGGGGAGAUCAGAAUGGGGGAAUGCAGUAUAAGGCUUAUGGCGCAGGACCUGCAGAGCCAACACAUCCAAUUGAUGAGCGGCUGAAGAACUUGGAGCCAAAGAUGAUUGAACUUAUCAUGAAUGAGAUUAUGGAUCAUGGACCGCCCAUAAGCUGGGACGAUAUUGCAGGAGUAGAAUUUGCCAAAGCCACAAUAAAGGAGAUAGUCGUGUGGCCCAUGAUGAGGCCAGACAUCUUUACGGGUUUACGAGGACCCCCUAAAGGAAUUCUGCUCUUCGGGCCCCCCGGGACUGGUAAAACUCUAAUUGGCAAGUGCAUUGCUAGUCAGUCUGGGGCAACGUUCUUCAGUAUCUCUGCUGCUUCUUUGACGUCUAAGUGGGUAGGUGAGGGGGAGAAAAUGGUCCGUGCAUUGUUUGCCGUGGCAAGGUGUCAGCAGCCGGCUGUGAUAUUCAUUGAUGAAAUCGAUUCCCUGUUAUCUCAACGAGGAGAUGGUGAGCAUGAAUCUUCUAGAAGGAUAAAAACGGAAUUUCUAGUGCAGUUAGAUGGAGCAACCACAUCUUCUGAAGAUCGGCUUCUAGUGGUGGGAGCAACCAAUCGGCCCCAAGAAAUUGAUGAGGCUGCCCGGAGAAGGUUGGUCAAAAGGCUUUAUAUUCCACUCCCAGAAGCUGCGGCUAGGAAACAGAUCGUGAUUAAUCUGAUGUCCAAGGAGCAGUGCUGCCUCAGUGAGGAGGAAAUUGCCCUGGUUGUAAGGCAGACCGAUGGGUUCUCGGGAGCUGACAUGACACAGCUUUGCAGAGAGGCGUCUCUCGGGCCCAUUCGCAGUUUACAAACUGUUGACAUCGCCACAGUAACACCCGAUCAAGUUCGGCCAAUAGCUUAUAUUGAUUUUGAGAACGCCUUCAGAACCGUGCGACCUAGCGUGUCUCCUAAAGAUUUAGAGGUCUAUGAGAACUGGAACAGAACUUUUGGUUGUGGGAAGUGAAGGGGACACACGGGACACUUGAAAUCUAAGGAUGGCAUCUUUGUAAUGCAGCCUUUCCCACUUUUUAGCAUGGGAAACUGGGAAUUUAUUAAUUGUAAUUUAUAGUGUAUAUUUUGAAUUCUAUACCUCAAAUAAAAUAGUAACAGCUUAAA